AUGAAGGAUCUGAUUGGAGGAAGGAUAUGGACACUGAGCUUCUGUGGCACCUUCUUGCGUUGGCCUGGUCUGGUGAGUGGGAACGAAGACUUCCUUUUGAAUGUAGUUUACAUCAUCCUGGAACUGGUCAUUGCAGUACUGGCCAUUCUGGGGAACACCCUGGUCUGCUGGGCAGUCUAUCUCAACAGCAACCUGCAAAAUGUCACCAACUUCUUUGUGGUGUCGCUGGCUGCGGCCGACAUUGCGGUGGGCGUGCUGGCAAUCCCCUUUGCCAUCACCAUCAGCACUGGCUUCUGUGCCUUCUUCUAUGGCUGCCUCUUCAUCGCCUGCUUCGUCCUGGUUCUGACCCAGAGUUCCAUCUUCAGUCUCCUGGCUAUUGCCAUUGACAGAAUCAUUGCUAUCAGGAUACCUCUCAGGUACAAUGGUUUGGUGACCAGCUCGCGAGCCAAAGGUAUAAUUGCCAUCUGUUGGGUCUUAUCCUUCAUAAUCGGCCUGACGCCCAUGCUGGGCUGGAACAAAUGUUCCCAAAGGGAAGCUCAGUAUACCAAUAACUCCUUGUCCAACAACUGCAGUGAAAACAUGAUUGCUUGUCUCUUUGAAACUGUGGUCACCAUGGAGUAUAUGGUCUACUACAAUUUCUUUGCCUGUGUGCUGGUGCCCCUCCUCCUUAUGUUUGGCAUCUACUUAAAAAUCUUCCUGGCAGCCAGACGGCAGCUCAAGCAAAUGGAGAACAAGAUGGUACAUGGGGAACGCUCACGCUCUACUUUGCAGAAGGAAGUCCAUGCGGCCAAGUCCUUGGCCAUCAUUGUUGGGUUGUUUGCCGUCUGUUGGCUUCCACUCCACAUUAUAAAUUGUUUCACCCUCUUUUGCCCAAGUUGUGUGCGUCCUCCUCUCUGGCUGAUGUACCUGGCCAUUAUUCUGUCUCAUGCCAACUCCGUGGUGAACCCAUUGAUCUAUGCCUACCGGAUCAGGGAAUUCCGGUUCACCUUUCGUAAAAUUCUCAGGCAACAUAUUAUAGGCAGGAAGCAGUUCAAGACUGGUACUGCCAGUACUAGGACUUCCACUUAUGGUGGGGAUGGAGAGAAUACCAGCAUUAGGAUCAGUGAGUAUGCUCUGAACAUAUACAACAAUGGGGAGUUGGGUGCUAUCCACAAAGAUACUGACAAGCAGGACUUGAGUAAAUGCAAGGCAGGUUUGGAAUGGCACCCCAAUGGGAAUUCACUAGAUAUGGAGAUAAAUGGGCAUCUCCCACACUCCUGCAAAAAUGGGGACCUGUCAGGUGGAUGCAGGAACAUGGAGCUUCUUAGUGAAGAGCUAAUUGGCAUGCAUGUCUCUUACUCUGAACUGGAGAAUUCAACCUUGGAAGCAGCUGACAUUUCCUGAUAAUUCUUGCAGUGUCUUCCCACUGGAUGAAAUCUGUUCGUUUGUUUUUUCUUUUUUCUAUUGGCUGUUUCUGCUAUAACAGAAAGGGAGGAUGAGUGGAAGAGAGGAGUGACUCCGGGUAACUACUGGGCAGGGAGUUCCUGCUCUGGAUUUGUGGGAAGAUCUUAAGAGUUAGACUGGAGAAAGUCUGAGAGGCACUAUUUUGGACAAAGGAAGCGGAGGGUCACUAGAGGUGUCAAAGGUCCAACUCAGAGAAACCGAGCAAAGGCUAAAUCUGACAAUUUUAGCAGUGGGAGAUUCUCUGGUCAAGCAGGAUGUGUUGUGACAUUAUGCUGUCCUGUGUCCGUGGUUGUUCAUCAGUAUAGUGUUUUUACCAACAUUAAUAAAGAUGUGGCUAAAAUAUUUACUUCUUCAUGAGGAAGAGGGGAUGGGGCUUUUAACACUGGCUUCUAACAAAAGUAGAAGGUAUAGCAAUGCCUACUGGCUAGGAAUGAUGCUUAUACUACCUAGAGAGUGAAGGGAUUCACCUGGUGGGAACUUUCAGUGCCUUCGACUGUGAGAUUCUGUUUUAAAAUCAGUUUUCAAAGCUUAGCAGAGCCACCAAUUUCAUGAUUUUCCCACUCACUGUUAGAUCACUACAGUACACUACAUUAUAAUGAGCUGGAAUAUCCACAGAAGGUCUUACCUCCCCUGUGUUCCAUAGAGAGGGUGUGCUGAGAAGCUACUUAUACAUAAGUCGCUAUUUCAUUGUCAUUUAUGAAUGUGUACAAGAGAAGGUGGCUCUACCCAACCCCUGAGCCUAUGGCAUCCCAGCUAUGUCCUGGCAUGCUGAAAUAAAUGAAAUAAACCAAAUUUCUGACCCUUCCACUUCACUGAAAGAACAAAGACUAUAUAUGAUGAUUUGAUAGUUUUAUUAGCCAAAGGAAUACCAGUAGGUGUCUGCAUGAGUGGGCAAAAACAGGGUAGCGGCAGGUCUACUGUAGGGAGGGCUGAUCGGGUGGUGAUGGCAGGUUUUGUGAACAGCUAGCUGAUGUGAUGGGAGGAAUGAUAGAACCUAGGCUGGUUCUAGGUCCAUGUUUGCAAUGUCUUUGUAGCUGGUUCUUUCCUCUGUCUUCAUAUCUCUCUGCCUGUGUACAAAGAAUGCCCAUUCACUUCAUAGCCUUAAUUGUGUUUUAUCUACAUUUUCUCAUUUUGGUGAACUUUCAUUUCUCAUCUGUUAACUUUUAACACUGAAGUUUGUUUUAAGGUCUGGAAUUCAAAUGAACCCAAGUUCAUUUUUUUCCUGUCUUGUUUCAAACCACUUCUAGAAUCAGGUUAAUUGUGAAGCCUUGCUUUUCUGUAGUGUGUGGGUAUGUACUGUGAACGCGUGACUGUGUGUAUGUGUACACCAGUAGAAGUGGGGCAUGGGAGUGUGGUUUGAGAAGAACAUUUGUGUUUCAGAAAACUAGAAAACCACCACCAGUGCAGCCUCCCUGAGUUGUGCAGACAGUGCAUUAGCUUGGCCUGCUUGUCUGAUAGACCAUGAUCUCAUCAGUCACAGGGUGCAUAGUAAUGUGGUGUAUUAUGAAGGGUUUUUACAUUUGGUGAAAGGGCCUCAUUACUUGUGGCUUGUGAAGCUAAUCAUCCUACAUGUGGGUCAAUAAAAUCUUUAUCCCAGCCCCACUAGCUUAUACUCUGCAUGAAACAUGCAUGUUACCAACCCCCCUCCUCCCACACCUAUUCCAAACUACUCCAAAAUAGCUAUUUCCAGUGCUUUCUUUGUGAUGAUAUGCACUAGUAUGACGGAAACCUGCUGCUGGGACAUGUGGCAAUUAAAGGGGCCACUGUGACCGCAUUUCGGCCCCGACCUCCCAGAUCUCCAGGUUUUGUUUUGUUUUGUUUUGAAACCAUCUGGCAACCCUAGUACCAGCAUUUUUUUUUUAAUGCAAAGGAAGGACUGGCUAUUGCUAAAACACUGAUCUGGAAAUAAAUCUGAUAUCACAGAGUCUUCUGGGACUAGAGGCAGGUGCCUCUGUCCCAUAGGAAAACUAGGAAUCUUCCUUAUCGUGAUUCAUUCUUUGACCCUGAAGCAUUUAGAUACUGCCUCUCAAUUCAGUCACAAUGGGAUUAAUAAUACUGUAGUAAAGCCAUGGCUACCUACAGAAUCACAGUUCUGAAUAUGUUGCAUACUAGGACCACUUCAAACCUCAUUGAAACUACAGGGAUAGACAUCAGAUCAAGUGAUUCUUUUUUGAGGGGAGGGAGUCUGAAAUUCGUGAUCUAGAAAAGGAAACACAGUGCUUAUUCUUAUUCAUGGCUUAUUGACAAGCUAUAUAAAGGGAAUUUCCUUUCUGUUGUGUUCUCUGAGUGAAAAGGGGUGCAGAGGAUGGUCUUCAACUUCAGGAGAGAGGUUCGCAGUGGCGCUCCCAGGCCACUACAUGGCUUUUAGCAAGUAUAUCUGUCAGACAAGCAGAAAGUUUCUUUUGCCAGCAAAGAUCUCAGUGAAAUGACAAGGCAAAUAUUAUAACAAUAGACACAUCACAGUCCAGUUGAAUCAGUUCCUUUUUGGCAUGAGUCUUCCAAAUAGCUCAUUCCUCUGAGAUUAGACUAUCAGGCAGGCACUAGCAACACGCAUUAGGUCAUUUCCCUGUUCCCUUACAUCAUUGUUAGUCCUGCUGUCGUUUGCUUUGGGUAUUUUAUUACUCUUGAUCUUUCCUGGUGAAACGUGGGGGAUUAUGCAUCUCCAGCCUUCUGUAACCUUCCAGAAGCAGAGACAUACAUAAAGGGAAAAGAGGUUCUGAUCUUUCCAGAACUUGGUUAGGUAUUGAAAUAGUGCUAAGAAUAACAUAAGAUGACAUCCUGCCUUCAUGUCUUAACAAUUAGGUCCACACAGAACCUGAGUGGGGAAAGAAGUAUGGGAAAAUACCAGCAUUGCUCAUGUGCUGGAACACACAGAAGUGCAGCAAGUAUGUGCUGACAUGUUCUGGUGGCUGUCACACAUGGGAUCUGUCUGAUGCUAUAUUACAUCAAACUUUACAAGAGCCAACUUAGAUUGUAUGCCUUCCACUACUCCCCAAGCUUCCUCACAGCCAAUAUGUAGCUUGCUUACAACCAGCACAGAGAUGGUCUACAAAGAAUCUAUAGCGUUAGCAGCUAGCAUUGUUAUUGCAUAGUGACACUGACAGCAGAUGACACAGAUGCAGUAUUGAACUCCCUGUCAAGGUACUACCAACCCCCAGCAUUGAAAAACCAUCAGUCCACCUCCCAAACACCACGAGAUUUUAAAUAGCAGAGCAUUCAGGUUCUGUUUAUUCGCCUUCCUCUUUUUGAGCUUUUUUUAGGAUUCCCGCUUUCAGGUUUGACUCCAUCUUUGUGAACCAGGAGUAUGGAUUUGAAUGUGAGAACGUGGCUCCCAGAGCUGGGGCUGUAGCAAACCUUGUCACAUGGUGUGAGACUCAUUGUCUGAUUGUGAUUGGCAGAGGGUCUGAAGAGAAACAGGGAGCUCUGUGCAAAGCACUUGUUUUCCUACUGCCUAUCCUCUCUGACUUUUUCAGCUAUCUACUGUUAUACUCUCCUCUCAACUACAAGGAUCAGUGGUCCGUGAAAAGGUGAAAGGCGAUGUAGUUUUCCCCCUUACUGCCUCAUGUCCUCCUCCCUUCCUUUGCAGUGGAGAAUGGCUAGCUGAUGAAAUACAGCUGUUCUGAAGAAGAGAAGGAGCCUGCAUAAGGGGGCUGGCAGGGCGGUGGAUAUUAGGAGCAGGAGGAGAAUAACUCUUAUGGAAGCCAAGCUGCGAGGAACUGGUCCAAUGGGCAGGAGGUAGUAGUUAGAGGGAGUCUGUUCCAGUUCAGUGAAACUAUUCUUUUAAAAAUGGCCCUAUCCCUUCAGAGAAAGCUAUCUACUGUCUGACUCUGUGUGAGGAAAUUCCAUGAAUUUCAGCAUUCCCAGCAGACUAGUAAAUUCCGGGGUUUAUUUGCCUUGCACUGUUUUAGAAGAGGUUUUGGCUGGUUGCCAGGAUUCACUUUAUUAAGAGCCAUUCUUAGGACCCUUUGUUUGAUGGCAUGCUAUCUGACUAUGUCUGUGCAACACAUCACAACUUUAUUCUGUAUGGCAUGGUUCAGACGGACUGGUUCCGAAAUCCUGUGCAGGUUCAGAGUUAAAUAGCAGAAAGCUAUGUAUCAACAAGACUAAGAUGGCUGAAUGGUAGAUGACAUUUGAAAAUUGGUGGAAAGAAAUAGGAAAGGCUAUUUCAGACAAUGAGGUUUUUACAAAUGAAUGUAAUUUGUGCUGGUCAGUAAGAGAACACUUGUGCUGGGGAGUUUGGAAAAAAUAGGGAGGAUUUUGGAUAGCUUUGGGGUUGGGGGGAGAAGUGUGAAAGAGGACUGUGGGAUAUUCAAGGGGCAGAAAUAUGCUGGAAAAUUUGGGAAGGGAGCGCUUGGGGCUUUAGGAAGGCACACAAGUGGCACGGCUAUUCUGAAUAACCCAUGUUUCCCAUAUUUAUGCUGACUUUUCCCAAGCUGAUGGUUCCCAUUUGGUGGUUAUGUGGCUGAGGAAAAAUGGAUUUUGGAGGGGGUCCUCCAUCUACAAGGAUGGCUAGUCACACAGCAGCCAUGCUUCUAAGCAGGGUGUCAUGCCAGAGCUGUAAAAUACUACAGUAUUCGUUGAUAGGGAUGCUGCCUAAAGAUCAGUCCUCUCCAUAGUUACCAUAGGCACGGGAAUCUGCCCUGACACCUCACACCAAUGCUGAGCGGAAGAGGUCAAAAGCCUGAUUUUUUUAUCUUCCUUACGCCAGCAUGAAUCAGGAGUAACAAAUGAAAUUUCAUCAGUGGGAAAUCAGUGUGAGAAGACAAUCUGGACCCAAAUAUCUAGAAUGUGGGAAUCAGGUGAGAGUCUGUUCCUUGGACCUCUCAGCCUUAUUUUGGAAGGUAGAUUAGUUCAACCCAUAAUUAACCUCCUUUCCACUCACAGAUUUUCCUCCCUUUCCUCUGUUCUUCAAAGCCAUCAUCCCCAUCUUGUAUUACAAGAUGUCCCGUGGGGCAAAAGGACCCAAAUACCCUCCUGCCUACAUGGUAUUUCUUACCUUUUUAAUUUAAAUGUUUUAUAAAUGAUACAUUGGCUGCUUCACCUUUCCCUCUGUCAUCAUCUGUCACUUAGGUGUUGGAGUGGUGUGGCAGAAGAGGGGGUGGAUUCUGUGCAUGCAAUUAUAUUUUAAGUGCAUUGACCAAUGGUUUAGAAUGUGAUAAGUCAUCAGACAGCUGGGCACUAAGGGGUCCACUGCUGGUGGUGCUGCUGAGUGUAAUGUCUUGGUUAUGUUUUUUUAAAUGAGCAUUAAAAUAAUAAAAUAUAUUUCUAAAGGAGUGUGAGUGCUUUUGUAUUCUGGGGCUG